AUGAAAAUGAAGAGGUGAAGACAGAGAAGAAAAAGACAGCCACUGUGAAAGGUUUAUCCGAUCUUGAUUAUCUAAAGUCUAAAGUUACCAGUAAAGAUACAGGGGGAAUGGAUGAUUCUGAUUAUGAUGAAGAUAACAAUGAGGACAACAAUGAUAACAUGGUCUCUACAAAAAAGCUGAAAGACAAGAAAAAUGAGGAAGAGAAGAAAACUCUGUUUAUGUUGAAAAUGAAAGGCAUCCCUACAAAAUGUGGAGAGAAAGCUGUACGAGAAUUUUUCAAUCCAUUAAAACUAGCAAAGUUGCAUGUUGCUAAAAAUGCUGCAAAAAGACCUAUUGGUAUAGCCUAUGUAGGAUUUGAAACAGAGAGUGACCUUGAUCAAGGGUUGAGAAGGAACAAGAACUUUAUAGGAGGUAAAAGAAUAUUUCUGAAGAAAUGCGACCAGGAACAAGAAGAUAUACCUGAGACAGAGAAGCCGCGGCCCUGGGAAAUUAAAAAUGAUUCAGAAGAUUGUGAAGGUAUAGCAGAGACAGGGAGACUUUUUAUCAGAAAUUUAUCCUACUCUUGUACAGAAGAAGAUUUGGAGAAGGAGUUUAAAAAAUUUGGUCCCUUGACAGAAGUAAAAUGUCCUGUGGACUCGCUAACUAAGAAGGUGAAGGGAUUUGCGUUUAUUACCUAUAUGAUGCCGGAGCAUGCGGUCAAGGCUUAUAGUGCCUUAGAUGGCAAAGUUUUUCAGGGAAGAAUGUUACAUAUUUUACCAGCAAAGGAGAUGAAAGAAACAGAAGAAGAGAGUGCAGAAGGGUCAUCUUACAAGAAAAAGAAAAGUGCAAAAGACAAAGCAAAUGCGACAAAGUCGUUUAAUUGGAAUUCCUUAUUUCUUGGGGCCAAUGCAGUGGCUGAUGUUCUAGCUGAUAAAUACAAGACCAGUAAAAGUGAUAUACUUGAUACAGAAUUAAAAGGUAGUCUUGGAGUAAGACUUGCUCUUGGUGAAACACAAGUUGUCCAGGAGACAAGGGAUUUCCUUACAGACAAUGGCGUUGCAUUGGAUAGUUUUAGUCAGCCCAAUGCACCAAGAAGUAAAACAGUAGUACUUGUAAAAAACCUUCCAGCAAAGACAGAUAUUUCAGAAAUUGAGACAGUAUUUUCACCGUAUGGAAGUCUGGGCAGAGUUUUGUUACCUCCCUCUGGUAUAACUGCCAUUGUAGAAUUCCUUGUACCAACUGAAGCAAAGACUGCAUUUACUAAAUUAGCAUAUAGAAAGUUUCAUCAUGUACCAUUAUUCUUGGAAUGGGCUCCAAUGGAAGUGUUCUCCACACCACCACCUGACAGAUCUAAAGAAACAACUCAAGUAAAGGAUGGGGGUGACCAGGAGAUGGGAAAGAAUACAGAAAUAAAGGAAGAAAGUAAAAGUAGCAAGAAAGACAGUGAUGAUAGUGACGACGAUGAAGAAGAUGAAGUCAGGAGUGUUUUAUUUGUGAAAAAUCUUCACUUCGACACAACAGAUGAAAAUUUAAAACAACAUUUUAGUGAGUGCAAGGGUUUUAAAACUGCCAAUGUGGCAAAAAAGAAAGACAUGAAAAGACCAGGACAGACAUUGUCAAUGGGUUAUGGUUUUGUGGAGUUUAUAACAGACAAUGGGGCACAAGAGACUAUCAAAAAUAUGCAGCAUACCAGCCUUGAUGGUCACUCACUGGAACUGAAGGUCUCAAAUCGUACCACUGCAAGUACUACAAAUGAUAAAAAUACAACAAAGAAACAGAAAGAAAAGAAACAGAGAAGUACAAAAAUUUUAGUGAGGAAUAUACCUUUUGAGGCAAAACAGCAUGAAGUUGUUGAGUUGUUCAAGGUAUUUGGAGAGUUGAAGAGUGUAAGGCUGCCGAAGAAGAUGGGAGGUACAGGGUCACAUAGAGGCUUCGGUUUUGUUGACUUUCUUACAAGGCCUGAUGCUAAGAGGGCAUUUGAGUCACUUUGUCACAGCACUCAUUUGUAUGGAAGAAGGCUGGUUCUAGAAUGGGCAGAUAGUGCUGAAGAUAUUGAUGAUAUUAGAAAACGGACUGCUGAACAUUUCCAUCCUGAUGCUGAAUAUGGUGGAAAAAAGAAAUUCACAAAAGCUGGUUUGAAAGAAAGCUUGGAUAUGGGCAUGGAUGAAUGAAUAAAAGGAGAAUCUGGACUUGCAUCAAGAAAUGAAGACUGUUUAAAUUUGUUAAAUUAUUUGUUGUCAAAUAGUUACUCUGUUAUUCUUGUUAUUUGGAUUUUAUUGUUAUGGACUUUAACAUCAUGUUAAUCAUGCCACUGGGAUCAUUUGAUUUAGAGAGACUUAAGUAGGAACAACAUUUUUAUGUCUUCUUUUGUUAAAUUGCAAUACACAGAGCUUUAACUGAUAUUUGGCAUGUAGCAUUGCCUUGUGAACUUCUACAAAAGUUGAAUAAAGCCAAAAGUGGAUCGCCAUGGGGGUUCACUUGAUUUAUACUGUAUAUACAUGUAAAAUAGAGAUGUAUUAAAAAACUUUUAUUGCGAAAAGCUUUGAUGUUUGGCAUGUACUCUUCAAAAGUUAUUAAAAUCAUGCCCAAGAGGUUAAAAUUGAUUUCACACAAGAAGAUUUAUAUAGGCUUAUAGGAAAAUAACCUUUUACGGUAGUUGUUUCUGGGACAGAAUAUUCUGUCCCAAGUUAUUUCUUUUUUACAAAACUCGAUGCCCAGAAAUAAUAUUUUGGGCAUGUAGCAUUGCUUUGUGGUCUGUUAUAAAAGUAACAUAAACCAUGUCCUUGAAGACAACAAAGGUCUAGCCUUGGGGUCACUUAGUUUGAAUAGACUUGCAUAGUAAAAUCCUUUAAGUCUUCUUGUAUGAUAUUACCAUGCCCAGAGUUAUGAUAUUUAGCACAUUAUAUUUUCCAGGGGACAUUUGCAAAUGUUUAAAAAAAAUCUACAGCUGGGGUCAGAAACGAUAACCAAUGUGACUUUAUUACUGACUUGCAUGAAAAAAUAAUGGCUAUUUCUAGUAACGUUUCUCCAGUGAGGUAUCCAGGGCCAUCACGACCCUCUUAUUUGUUUGUUAACUUGUCGAGACAAGCUUUUUAGGAUCUGUUCACUAUAAAGCAAUUAUAAUGUUCGAGCGUGCUUCGGACAGCUCUUAUGUUUGAAUGUAUUAUUCUAAAUAUAAAUAAAAUUAAUAGGGA